UCAGUCUUAUUCAACUCUCACACACAGCCAGGAUAACUGAAUUACUUAUUGUGACGGCAGGAUUAGUCACAUAUUAUUUAGAUAAUUGGUUCGAUCUGAAGGAAACACACAUCAGGAUAUCAUUAAAGUUAACUGGAGUGAGAAAAAACAUUGCAAACAUGCGUGGACUUGUCGAGGAUACGAAAAAGACAAAAUUAACUCAACACAAUAAUAACAAUGUGGCCAGCGGAGGACGUAUUAAAACAGGUACACCAACAACAACCACAACGGGUUCAAGUGCAAGCAGUUCCAGGCCACUGAGGAGUCUCAAUAAAACGGCACCAACGACGUCGACGACAACGACGACGUCAUCAGUUGCAGCAGCAGCAGGAGGAGGGAAAAAGACGCCGCAAAGUAUGCAACAACAAGUCGUCAAAGGCACGAAGUUGGCUGCAACAGCAACAACAACCACGAAUCGGGCAACAACUGCGUCGACAGCUACAAUAAAGUCACAAAAGGGUCAUAAUCCACCCUCGCAAAUGCAAAAGACAACACACCAACAACAGCAGCAACAACAACAACAACAACAAGCACAGAAAAGCAACAACAGCAACACAAUUGCCUUGCCAAAAGCGUCCCAUGCCAAUACCAGCGAAGAAUUGGCUGGUGGCGUACAGGACACCAUUUAUCUAUGCAAUUUUCGCGUUUCUGUCGAUGGUGAAUGGCUCUGUCUGAAGGAAUUGCAGGAUAUCGAUGUACCCGGCGGUCCUCAUACCAUUGGCGGUGGGGCAGCUGAAACUGUAAGCAGUCUCAAGUCAUCAGGUGGAAACUCAAAUCGUUACAGCAGCGGAGGUGGCGGCGGCGGAGGCGGCAGCAAUCAAAAUAAACGCUUCUCCGGGCUAACUGCGGCCAGUGUGGGUGGAGCAUUGGAGGAUAAUGGUAUUAUGGCAAUUGAAUAUCUUAUCGGUCGUCGUCUAGGCGACAUUGUAGGCUCAGGUUCAGCCUCCCGCUCAAAUGCACAUGCGUCGCAGCACAAGAAUGUCGGCCUUAUGGGCGGCACACUUGCUGAGUGGUCGCAUCUCUCACGCGAUACGGCCGAGAUUGAGCGAAGUAAUCUGGUGAAUAUCUGCAAAUUGGUCGUCAAGGAGCUCUUAGAGCAAUCUUUACGAUAUGGACGAAUGCUCGAUUCGGAUCAUCUGCCAUUGCAGCAUUUCUUUAUUGUCAUUGAACAUGUCCUGGGUCAUGGUUUGCGUACCAAAAAAGGACUACUGGGACCGCGCAAAGAACUUUGGGACCUGCUACAAAGUGUGGAGAACUAUUGCCCGGAGGCGCAGGACAUUACGGCCAGUGUGCGGGAUCUGCCAACAGUUCGCACCCAUAUAGGGCGGGCAAGAGCUUGGCUACGCAUUGCCCUGAUGCAGAAGAAACUGGCUGACUAUCUGCAGAGUCUAAUUGAGCAUCGGGAGGACUCUCUGUGCGAUUACUAUGAACCCCAUGCUCUCAUGAUGAGUGAUGAGAUUGUAGUGAUAAUGGGCAUUCUGGUUGGCCUAAAUGUAAUUGAUUGCAAUCUAUGUGUCAAGGAGGAGGAUUUGGACUCACAACAGGGUGUUAUUGACUUCUCGCUGUAUUUACGGUCCAGCUCUCGGAAUGCCGAUGUCGCCGAUGAUGGCAAUGGCAGUGGAAGCAAUCCACCAGCAUUGCUAGACUCCACAGGACAGGGUAACAUGAUAGCAGUGCUCGAUCAGAAGAACUACAUCGAGGAGCUGAAUCGGCAUCUCAACGCAACCGUUGGCAAUCUUCAGGCCAAAGUUGAGUCUUUGACCACCACAAAUGCCCUGAUGAAGGAGGAUCUGGCCAUUGCGCGAAAUAGUUUGUUGGCCCUUCAGGCCGAAAAUCAAGCUAUGCGUCAAUCCAGCCAACCAACCUUAACCAACGUCGAAGCUGAUAAGAAUAGUGAAUCCUCUGAGCUAAUUGAAGAACGUAAGAGAUCAGCGGAACUGGAGAAGGAGCUUAAGCUUCAGGUAUCCCUCAAGGCUGAGUCGGAUAUGGCAAUGAAACUGCUGGAGAAGGACAUUCACGACAAACAGGACACAAUUGUGUCACUACGUCGUCAAUUGGACGACAUUAAACAGAUCAAUCUUGAGAUGUAUCGCAAACUUCAGGAAUGUGAAGAUGAACUCACACAGAAGGGCGAGAUGGUAUCUCGUCUACAAACGAAAGCCUCACAAAUUGGUAACAUUUUACAAUCGCUAGAAAAGAAAUAUGAGUCAAAGCUCGUCGAGCAGCAGCAGCACCACCACCAGCCACAUCCUGCCGGAGGUGGGGAUAGAUCCCCUAACACCAGACGUCAACAGAAUUUGGAAAAGUUCGAGGCUCUCACCAAGAAGCAUAAAUACGACACUGGACCGCCCAUGAAACGUAUGCAUUUAAAGAUGGAUGGCAUUCCUCCCUUCAACCCCAACAACUAUCGCAAAUCCCCCUCGAGUGCAGUUGCUGGACAGGACAGGCAGGAGCCGCCCGAUGCUGAAACGGCAACGGAGACCAAAGAUUUGAAAACACCCACAUCGGCCAAAUCCCUAAAUGAUGAACUAGCCGAGGCGGCUGCAGCGGUCACCCAGCACUUUAAGAUCGCUGGCGGUGUGGAUGGUUCUCGCAGCGAUUAUGUUCUGUCCAGAGAGCUGCCGGAAACUGAUAUAGCUGAUUCUUAAGAUCCAACAUGUACAUAUACAACAAUAUUUACAAUGUGCAUAGUUCAUUCAAUUGAUUUCCAUUACAAAUUUGUAAGAAAAAUGUCAACUAUAAAUAUGCAAAAAAUUAGUUCCAUAUACUUAUUUCGAAUAUUAUGUCAAGUAAUUUGCCUUUCCCCUGUGAAAUAUUUAUAUACAUAUAUAUACAUAAUUAUUGUAACAGCAAAUUAAACAAAAGCAUCCGCUUAAUAACAACAACAACCAUACCCUCUACGUAUAUAUACAAAAAUAUAUAUAUAUAUAUAUAUUGAAUAUGCCUUUACUAUAUAGUAGUAGAACAAAGAGAUUAUUAUGUUAUAGCAUGGAAAGGCAUUUGCUACUUAAUUGUUGACAGUUUUGAGAUAAUUGUUAUACCCCUUUCCCCCCCGUCGCUAGCAGCGUAAUAAUGAUUUAAUGUAAUUUUCAUUUAUCUGUAUAAAUCCGCUUUAACUGUAAUCCAAAGAAACAAAAAGACAAAACUAAUGCAUUCUAGUCAAAUACUAAUAAAAAAAAUAACUCUAACUAUAAUUAUGUUUAUAUAUAAUUUAAACAAAAUGCGUUGAGGGCAUCUGCAUAUACAUAUACAUAAACACAUAUACAUAUAUAAAAUACAUACACAUAUAU